AUGCAGCGAUGGCAAGAAUCGCCUCCUGAAGAUGAGCCAGCAUCCAUGUCUGCAAUUAUGAACACGUUGAAGAACCUCCCGUCCGCAGGCAUACAACCAGGAGCCUCCGCGUUUGGAAACCCUGCUCCAGUUAGAGAAAAUGAUUCAUUUAUCGGCUUUCGUCGACCAGUAUCAACAGUCAGCUCACAGAGUAGCGCCCCGAGUGUCUCUUCACUCCCGUCUACUGCAUCGGUCAAAUCUAGUACCUCCAGAAGAUCGCACGACUCCUUGACAACAUCGCACAGGCGGUCCACUGGACGAGUUCUUAAAAGUAAAAGCGCUAAGCCAACUCGUAAAUUUUGUUGCACCUUUUGUUGUGAUCAGUUCCGAACCAAAUAUGACUGGGCCCGACAUGAGAAAACGCUUCAUCUUAACCUUGAGAGCUGGACGUGCACACCUCAUGGUGCAUCUGUGACCUCUCCAAUCACAGGGCAGCAACAUUGCGCAUACUGCAAUAUGCUGGAACCGGGGACAGACCAUCUAGACGAGCACAAUUACCAGGCAUGCUUGAGUGGUACCCGUACCUUCCGUCGCAAAGAUCACCUAGUGCAACAUCUGCGCCUCACACACAACCUCGAUGUUAUACCUAUGAUUGAUGAUUGGAAAACACCAGCCCCGACGGUAACAUCGCGCUGUGGGUUCUGUGACAGGAGACUGUCGUCGUGGGAGGAGCGCGUUGAUCAUUUAGCCAGCCAUUUUCGCAAUGGAUCAACUAUGGAUUGCUGGAGAGGUGAACAUGGCUUUCUACCAGAGAUCACUAAGCAUGUGACCAAUAGCCUGCCUCCUUAUUAUAUCGGCCAUGAUUCUCGUUGCCUCGUUCCUUUUUCAGUAACCAACGCUCAUGCGAAAGAUCAGCUGGAUCAGAUCACAUCGCGACUGGAUCGGAAUACUACAAUCGAAAGCAAUACUCUAAAUGCUCCGGCAUAUCCUUCAUCUUCAGCUCGGACUUCUAAUAAUCCGCUAAAUUCAUUACUGGAAGUACUGGCAUCACACUUAGGUCGCUACACACGACAGAAAUUAGCGCAAGGAAUCAUCCCUACAGAUGAGAUGCUCCAGCAAGAGUCAAGGAAAUUAGUCUAUGAUUCCGAAGAUCCAUGGGACCAGACCAUCUUCGACAACCCAGAGUGGCUUGCUGCGUUUCGCCGUGAACAUAUUAAGCAGCCAAGCAAUCCGGACAAGGAGCAAGCUUUAUCGCAAUUCGAUAGCCUCUCGAUCACGCAAUCUCUACAAACACACUAUAUUUAG